AGGAGAAGAAAGAAGCAGCUCUGAGCUGAGAUCGGCAGCGGCCUCUUGGGAUAUCUGUCAGUGCAGAGACCCUCAUCAGAAAUGAACGCCAGCCCCCCUGCAGGAAGCGCCCUGGCCCCCGGUGGAGCCACUGGCCCCACUACACCCAAGAAGGGACCACCCAAGUUCAAGCAGAGGCAGACUCGUACAUUCAAGAGCAAAGCCCCCAAGCCAGGCCAGAAGGGCUUUGGUGACGAUAUCCCUGGCAUGGAGGGACUUGGCACGGACAUCACAGUGGUGUGCCCAUGGGAAGCCUUCGGCGACAUGGAGCUCAGCGACUUGGCCAAAUACGGGAUCAUUUAAACCUGCUGCCUUCCUUUCCUGCCUGCACCUCUCCUCCGUCUAAUCCUCUCUGCCUCCCUGCCUUCUCUCCAUCUCGGCUCGGCACGUCAAGAUAAAGGCUGCCGGCAACCCCCCC